AUGGUUAUAGUGAAGACAGUUCGAGCUAUGGCUUCGUUCGCGGCGCAGGCUGCACUGCGGUCGCGAUGGAGCUCACUGCUUGAGUCGACCAAUGUGGAUGUUCCUGGGGAGGUUACCGAUGGUGUCCGGUCUGUCGUUGGAUGGCUAAAACAGGCCUCCUUAGAAGUCCGUCAAGUGGGCAGACGUGCAGUGAGCCAGCUUUCCGGCCGCGGCAUGGACGAUGUCGUCAUUAUACACUACAACGAUGUGUAUAAUAUCGAACAAACCACCAACACGGAACCAGUGGGUGGUGCGCUGCGGUUCAGUACAGCCGUCAAGGCUAUGCAGCAUCUAAAUCCACUGAUUCUCUUCAGUGGGGACGCCUUUUCGCCUAGCAUGCUGAGUACCUUCACAAAAGGCGAACAAAUGGUACCAGUUCUGAACGAGAUAGGAACGCAUUGCGCUGUAUUCGGAAAUCACGACUUUGAUUUUGGUCUAGAAGUCCUAUCCGGCCUAGUAGCACAGUGCAACUUCCCAUGGCUCAUGUCCAAUGUCAUAGACAAUGAAACGGGUCGGCCAUUGGGCGACGGAAAAAUAACACACGCUGUUAUGUGCAAUGGACAUAAAAUAGGCCUCAUAGGACUGGUCGAACAGGAAUGGUUAGAUACAUUAGCAACGAUAAACCCAGAGGAAGUUACCUUCAUAGAUUUCUUGCAAGCUGGGUCAAAACUUGCGUCGCAGUUAAAACAAGAGGGAUGCGAAUAUGUUAUAGCGUUGACACACAUGCGGACGCCGAACGACAUCAAACUAGCGGAGGGCGACACCGAGAUCGACCUCAUACUGGGCGGUCAUGACCACGUCUAUGAAGUUAUUGAGGUGAACAACAAAUAUAUAGUCAAAAGUGGCACAGACUUUCGUCAAUUCUCGAAAAUCAGCAUAAGCUUCACCGCCGACAAUACGCGGGUGGACAUCGCCGAUGUUCACGUCAACAGCGCUUUCCCUGAAGACCAGAUCUUGAAGGCUAAGGUGGAGAAAUAUUCAGCAAUGAUAGAGGGCAAGAUGGACGAAGUGUUAGGCAAAUUCUGCGUACCUCUUGAGGGCCGAUUCUCCUACAUACGACGUGAAGAAUGCAACCUCGGCAAUUGGGUUUGUGAUGUUCUGCUCGCUGCUACAGGGGCGGACUUGGUUAUAUUGAACUCGGGCACUUUCCGGUCAGAUCAGAUACACCCCGCCGGUGAUUUUACUCUCCGCGACUUAUCGACAAUAAUUCCCAUGAGAGAUCCUCUAGUUGUGGUCGAGGUGACUGGCUCCACUGUGCUACAAGUUUUAGAGAAUGCUGUUAGCAAAUAUCCGAGUUUGGAGGGACGGUUUCCACAAGUAGCAGGAAUAGCCUUCGCGUUCGAUCCAUCUAAACCCCCUGGUGAAAGAGUAGCGGAACAAGUAGUGAAGAUUGGAGAUGAAUACUUGCAAAGGGAGCAGAGGUACCGGCUGGCGAUCAAACAGUAUUUACACGCAGGAAACGAUGGGUUUACUAUGCUGCCGAAGUGUAGAGUGUUGGUGGAAGAAGACAUGUGCCCGGAAGUGGGCAUCGCGAUCCAAAACCACUUCGCGGCGAUCAAUGUGCGCACGGGCAAGUCGCGUCACUCCAAGCACCGGCAGUCGCUCGUCACCCUCAGCAGGAGGCACAGUCUAGUGAAGAUGCUGGAUGGCAACGAAUUAGAUGGUCCUCCACCCCUACGACGAGCUUCCUCCGUUUCUACAGAGUCUUCCGGGCACCAUCACCACCCUAGGUUAACUCGCCGAGCGUCGUUAGAUGACCUAGAACAACAGUCUUGUGAGCUUGCACCUAAAAUCGAGAAUCGCAUUGUCAUCCUCGACAAACCUGAGAAACUACAACAAUUACUUGCAGACCGCGCAAGAUGGGAAUCGGACACAGUCAUCAAGGAAGUCGACGACGAGAGCUCACCAUAAAACAACUUCCGGAAAAAUAACAUCUUAGAAAGAACGAAAACAUCUAUAGAUAACAGUAACAAA